GCGAGUCCGCGCAGCUGAUCAUCCCCCCCAGGCUGCUGCUGGGCAAGUCGGCCGGGCACGUCCAUUCGGCCGUGCAGGGCGCCUUGGGCGGUUGCCUGAGCUUCGACGCCUUGCGCCUUCUCGGCAAGGAGUUGAUCUUGGUCGUUGAAUGCGCCGACGCCGCCUCGUCCAAUCGGAAGUCCAUUAUGUUUAGCGCCCUGAACUGCGGCGCCAAAGUUUGCAGCUGGGGCAGCAAGUGCUUGGUGCACCAGCUCUUUCGCGGUGUCAUCGUCAUUUUGGAUCGGCGGAAGUUGACGCCAACCCUCGGGGCCCUCGGGUCGGUCCUUCGCAUCUCGGGCAGAGUCGACGCGCUGAAGCUGGCCGUCGUGAGCGUUUGCCAAGGCCUCGAUUUCCAGCUAGGGGUUCCCCCGCCGCCAGAGAAUGCAGAGCACCGCGUGAGGGAUCGACGGAUGUUGAAUAUCCUGCUCUUGGACCGCGUGCUGCGCAGGGAGUUUGCGAACCCUUUCGAGGGCGCCAAGGAGCAGCGC